AGUCUGUCCAGCCAUUUUGCCCUGAAUCCAGAAGAGGGCGCCACGAGUUUGUCUUUCAAACGCAGAAAAUGAAAUCGACAGAGGAAGACCUCACUCGAACAAGUGAGCCAGCAGCUAACAGUGGCACUUCACCAACUGCAUUAACAAUUUAACCUAAUUGCAUGGAGACGCGUGUUGGAUGACACCCGUGCCUGGAGAUUUGAAGUUGUUGACAUACCGUGGCGUAGGCCUACUGUUUAACCUAGUGUAUUUGCAGACAACGCUUUGACAUGAGUUACUUUAAACAUAUUAGACGCACGUCACGCACUAUAGACUUUGACCUACAUUAAUUACAUUUGGCUAGACUUUUGAAGUUACGCCACUUGGUAAUUACAUUCCAAGGACCUGCAACAUGGCGAUGGAAGGCAAGCCAAUCAGGUGCAGGGCCGCGGUGGCUUGGAAACCUGGAGAAGCUUUGUCGGUGGAGGAGGUGAUGGUGGCACCACCCAAAGCGCACGAAGUUCGCAUCAAGGUAAUGGCUAGUGGGGUGUGUCACACAGAUUGGGCAUACCUGCACGGGGCAGGUAAGGGGAUGGAACUGCGGCCCUUUCCCCUGGUGCUGGGCCACGAGGGUGCAGGAGUGGUGGAGAGUGUUGGGGCUGGCGUCACAAGAUUCUCCCCAGGUGACAAGGUCAUCCCCCUCUUUCUCCCUCAGUGCGGGGAAUGUGAUUGCUGUCUCAGUCCCAAAACCAACCUGUGCAAGGCUAAUUGGGCCAAGACCCAGCAGGGUGUUUUGGCUGAUGGUACGAGUCGUAUCUCCUGUAGGGGGACACAGGUGUUCCAGUUUCUCGGUGUCAGCUCCUUCUCCGAGUACACGGUCACCUUGGAAACCAACCUGACCAAGAUCCACCCUGACGCAGAGCUGGACCGGGUGUGCCUACUGGGAUGCGGUGUUGCUACUGGAUACGGGGCAGCAGUGAAUGUUGCCAAGGUGGAGGAAGGCUCGGUGUGCGUGGUGCUUGGGCUGGGGGCGGUGGGGCUGGCUGCGGUGAUGGGCUGCGUGAGUGCGGGCGCUGCUCGGGUCAUCGGCGUGGAUGUCAAUCCAGACAAGUUUGACAGGGCGCGGGAGUUUGGGGUAACCGACUGCGUGAACCCCAGAGAUCACAAGCGGCCCAUACAGGACGUACUGGUGGAGAUGACCUCAGGAGGAGCCGACUACGCUCUGGAGUGUGUUGGGGAUGUGGAAGUCAUGAGGAGUGCACUGGAGUCAUGUCGCUCAGCAUGGGGCGUGUGUGUCAUUGUGGGAUGGACAGAACUGGAGGAGAUGAAGCUCCUCCCCUUUCACUUGCUUAUGGGCCGCACACUAAAGGGCACUUACUUUGGGGGAUGGAAGAGUGUGACGGACAUCCCUCAGCUCGUGGAGCAGCACCUGGCUGGCCGCCUGAAACUAGAUGAGUUUGUCACACACACCCUCACCCUAGAUGAGGUCAACCAUGCCUUCCAACUGCUGGCUGGGGGUCAAAGCAUUCGUAGCAUCAUCAAGAUGUGAACAAGAUGUCUGUGGAGAGUUUUUCUGUUUGUCUUUGGAGAGGACUGGUUUGCAACAAGGGGCAGUCUGAUAGUUGUAUAACACAUUAAAAAGAAUGUUGUGGUUUCAUCCAUGUGUUGUCAGUAGUAAAGAAAAUACAUGAUGGAUUGUUUA